AUGUCCCCAGCCAGCUCUACCAGUGCCAUUUCUGCUGAGGAUGCAAACACCAUUAUCGGCAUCGUGGGGAAGGCCAAGAUCGUCGGCAGUACCACUACCCCGGAGUCAUCCGAUUCUAAGACAGCGGGACAGCUAGCUGCACUAGAUGCCCUAACGGGUAAAGCAUCUAGUUCGACCCGGGAAGCAAAGGGCGCGAAGACAAGACGCGGUUUGCAAGAAGUAAACCACAUCUCCGAGAAUUAG